UGUAUAUAAAAUGUAAAGAGGCGAAUUUUAAAAUAAAUUUAAGACUUUUUGUAAGAUAAAAAUUAAUUAAAACUGAAGCCGUCUUAUUGCCAUUAUGUCUGAUUCAGAGGAUAAAGAGGACGAAAAACCUUUUGUGGUGGUAAAAGCUAAUAAUGGACGUGCUACAUGUAAACAUUGUAAAGAAAAAUGUCCUGUAGGAAAGUGGAGAAUAGCAAAAGUAGGUUUCAAUCCGUUUGGAGCCGGUAAAAUGAAAUUAUGGCACCACAUCAAAUGUUUGUUUAAAGCGUUUUUAAAUCAGCGCGCUGAAACUAGGCGAAUUGAAGCCCCUGAAGACAUUCAAGGUUGGGAGCUUCUAGAUGAAGAUCUUCAAUUGUAUAUUCUUAAGUAUGUAAAAAAGUUAGAUGAUUUUCAUGGCAAUGUUACAAGUACUUCCCCCAGAAGAAAACCAAAGUCAAAAGAAGGUAACAUAGAUGAGGAAAGUGUAAGUGAAACCCAAAAAGAUACAAAAACCAUGAAUAAAUCGAAGGAUGACAUCAAAAAACCAAAUAAAUAUGAAUCAUUCAAAGAAUUCCGAAAAUUAGUUGCGGAUAUAGCCAAUACCGACAGCAGACAAGAAAAAUCUAAGUGCUUAGAAAAGUUUGCUAAGGCAUUUAUGGACUGUAGUAAGAAUUAUAAGAUUCUUUGGUAUCAGUUGUUGAUGCCAAGUGUUAUACGUUAUAAUUUCGAGUAUUUAAAUCAUAAUCGUUUAAUCAAAAUAUUCAGUAGCAUAUUUGAUACAGAUAAAAAUAAAAUAUUGAAACAUCUUAACCAAGAAAGUGACAUUGGAGAUACUAUCGCAUAUUUUUUUGACAAGAACACAACUUUGGCACCUGCCAAAAAAAGUAAUUUGACUGUCACUGAUGUAAAUGACUUUUUAUCAAAACUAGAUAAUUUAGAAGAGGAAGAUAAAAUUGUGGAGUAUUUUAAAAACUUUCUUGUAAAAUGUACGGUAAAUGAUCUUGUUACUGUGAUACACAUAAUUGAAGGAGACCUACAAAUAGAUGCUAGUCCCAGAUUAAUAUUAACCACAAUUGAUAAAAAUGCGUACAAAUUAUAUCAAACUUGUAAUGACAUAGAUUGUGUUCUUUCUAAAUUUGUUAUGGGUAACAGUCAGGUAAAGAUUAACGUAUUAAUGAACAAGAACUUGAUGGUACCUGUAUCGCCCAUGUUAGCAGAAGAAUGUAAAUUGCUGGAAGAUGUUUUUCAAAAGUUCCCCAAUGGAGUAUAUGCCGAGAUUAUGUAUAGUGGUGAUAGGGUCCAAAUCCAUAAAUCUGGUAAUCGUUUUACAUAUUUUUCAAAUGAUUUAAAAGAAAUUCAAUUGGAAAAAAUAGCAGAUUUUGAAAAAUACAUGUACCAGGCAUUUCCGUUUACUAAAGAUUUUAUUAUAGAUGGAGAACUUGUUCUUACAGAGAAAAAUUCUAAAAUCCCUAUACGAUUAGAAAGUGUUAUAGAACAAGACAAAUUUAAAAGUGUUACUGCUUGUUUUUUUGCAUUUGAUUGUUUGUAUUUUGGAGAAGAAAGUUUGUUACAAAAACCAUUGUGUGAAAGAAAAAAUUACUUGAAAAAUGAUAUUAAGGAAAUUCCAAAUCAUGUAUUGUAUUCAGAAAUGAAAAAAGUCUAUCAAGAGGAAGACUGUACAAAAAUUAUAGCUGAAGUAAAAAAACAAAAAUUUAAUGGCAUAAUAUUUAAGGAUAUAAAAGGAAUAUAUGAAUCACAAACACGUAACUGGCUAAAAAUAAAAAGAAAAAAUCUAUUUGGCCAUAACAGUUCAGAUGAAGAUUCUGAUAAUCUGCAGAAAGACGAAGAGAAAUCUUCAAUGGAUACUCCAAUAAGACAUAAACCAAAUAUAAGAAGAAAAAGCAUAGUAUUUGAUGCUGACGAAUCACAAAAUGAAGAUCAAGAUGAAAAUGUUUUAAAUAAAAGUACAGAGGUAGAAACAGGCGUAAAUUCAAGUAUAUCUACAAAUGUAGAACAAAAUACUGAAGAAAAUAAUGAUAUAUUAUCAAACACAGAACAAGAACCUAAAUGUGUGCGUUCAGGAACACAAUCUCCACAGAUUUUUGCUGAUACACAGAAUGAGUUACAGCUUCAAGAGAAAGAUAAUGACUCUGAAUCAGAACCAAAAGAAACAGUGAAACACCAUGAAAACACUUCAGAUUCAAAUAAAUCAUCUAGUGAGUUAAACGAUGAAACUGGAAAAUCCAACACUGAUAAAGAUAAACCUCAAGGUAAUAAUUCUUCUGAAACUAGUGGUGUCCAAUUAGAUGUUAAAGAUGAGAUGUCGAGAUUGCAUUCACCAGAUUCUUUUUAUUCCGUUGAAAAUGCUGAACGUUCUACUCCAACUUGUGUAAAAAAUAUAGAAGACGAGAAUAAUGUAAACACAAAUAACAAGAAUCCUGCGAAAUCUGAUAAAGAUACUGAAGAAGAUAAAGGUAGCUAUGGCGAUGGUGUAAAUAGCGUUGAGGAAGAUGAGAUUGCUGUAGUUAAAGACAAAUCAGUGAACCAAAACGAGGAUAAUCAUUCUGAAAUUAAUAAUGAUAGUGAUGAUACAAUUGCUGUAGAUGAACUUAUGACUAGUGACGAGGAACCGAUUGAAAGUGAGAAGACCAACACUAAAAAAUCACUAAAACAUACAGAUAAGAUUAAUGAUUUGUUAAAAAAAUAUUCAUCCCCAAAAAGUGGGGAAAAUUUAGAUGCAGGUAGGGAAAAUAAUGAUGAUGAAGAAGAUGCAAUAAUUAUUAUGGAUGAAUUUGAAAAUUUUGUUCAAAGUAGGAUGACCAGGGCUAAAAAACCAUUAAAACCUACAGAAUCAGAUAAUAUUCAUGAUACAGAUAAGAUUACUGAUUGUGAAUCUUCAUCAGAGAAAAAUUCACCAACUAAUAGUUUGAAAACUGGGGAAACUGAUACAGAACUUAGUAUUGUUCAUGAAGAAAAUGAUAAAUUUAAAACCAAAUCAAAUGAUAAAAUUGAUUCUAUUAAUUCCGAAGAUAACAAUGAUGAAGAAUCAGUCAAUAUAAAUGAACUUGAAUCAGUUAUUGAACUUGAUCAAACUACUGAAAGUACCAGUCAAAAAUCUCUAGGACAUACAGAAUCAGAUAAUAUUAAUGUUGCAGAACAUUGUGAAUCUUCAUCAGAGAAAAAUUCUUCAACAAAUAAUUUGAAAAGUGGAAAAAAGGCUGAUACAGAAGAACUUAGUCAUGUUCAUGAAGAAACUGAUAAUAUAUCUAAAUCCAAAUCAAAUGAUCAAGAUGAUUCUAUUAAUUCUGGAGAUAACAAUGAUGAAGAAUCAAUCAAUAUAAUUGAACUUGACUCAACUAUUGAACAUGAUCAAACUAUUGAAAGUAGUAGUCAAAAAUCUGUAGAAUAUACAAAAUUGGAUAAAAAUAAUACAGAUGUGAUUAAUCAUUCUGAAUCUUCAACAGAGAAAAAAUCGUUAACAAAAAAUUUGAAAAGUGGAAAAAAUGCAGAUACAGAAGAACUUAUUAAUGUUCAUGAAGAAACUGAUAAGAUAUCUAAAACCAAAUCAAAUGAUCAAGAUGAUUCUAUUAAUUCUGAAGAUAACAAUGAUGAAGAAUCAAGCAAUAUAAGUGAACUUGAAUUAACUUUUGAAAUUGAUGAAACUAUUGAAAGUAGCACUCAAAAAUCCCCCGAACACACAGAAUCAGAUAAUAUUAAUCAUAUAGAUGUCACUAAUCUUUGUGAAUCUUCAUCAGAGAAAAAUUCUUCAACAAAUAAUUUGAAAAGUGGAAAAAAUGCAGAUACACAAGAACUUAGUAAUGUUGAUGAAGAAAAUGACAUGAAUUCAACAAACAUAAAUAAUACUAAAAAAUGUCCUACUGAUGCACUUACUCAAAAACGAAAGAAUGAUGAAAAAUCAAAUGAUUUUGACGAAGAAAGUAACAAAAGUGGCAAUACAAAUAAUGAAAAGCAAUUAAGUGGUUUAGAGGACAAAAGUGACAGACCAAUUGAUACCCAAGACCAGCAUAAUACAGUAACUAUCGAUUUAUCUAGUAAUUCAGACCAUGAAAGAGUUCACAGUUCGAAGUCACAAAAAAAGGGCAAAAUAGAUUUUAGUGGCUCAUCUAGCAGUUCUGAUGAAGAAAAUUACAAGAGCAAUGCUAAGAAAAGGCAAAAUAUAUUUAGCAGUGAGGAUUCUGAUAAUUCGGAAGAGGGAAAUAGCAAAUCCUCGAACAAAAAUAAAAAUGGUGGAAGCAAUAUUUCAAGAAAAACAAAGACAAGCAGAAUAAAAAGAGCAGUCAUACAAAUACUUGAAAAUGAUUUACAGUCUUCAGACAAUGAAGUUAUCUUUAAAAAAAAUCAAAGAGGUCAAUCAGUGGAUAGCGGAAGAAAUAAAAGAAAACAACAAUUUUCUUCUGAAGAUGAAUUUGGCAAUCGCUCAGCUAAAUUUUCUAAAACCACUGCUGCAUCAAGAAGGAAACAACUAGAGUCUCUAAGUACAGAGGAUGAUGAGAAUGUUAUAAAUUCAAAAUGUGGUUCCAGGAAAGAACUUAGAAUUGUGUUAACGGAUGUUCUCAAGUAUACAAAAACUCAAUCUAAAUUAAAAGACCAAAGUGUAAAUAAUGCCGAAGAAUGCAAAGUGUCAACUAGAAAAAAUAUUAAAAAGCCAAUAGUUGUUUCUGACACAGACUCUACACAUAGCAGUAGUAUCUUCCAGAUAGAAAAUAGUGCAGAAGGUAGCGAUAAAAUUAGGAAGAAUACAAAAACUCAAAAUGAGCCUAAAUCAAAAGUCCAAAGUGUAAAUAAUGCCAAAGUAUCCAAAGUAUCAAGCACAAAAGGGAUUGAGAGGUCAAUAGUUAUUUCUGAUACAAAUUCCAAACAUAGCAGUAGUACCUUGGAGAAAGAAAAUGGUGCAGAAGGUAGUGAUCAAAUUGAGAAAGUUGCAUCACCGAGUGCCAUGGAAAGUAGCCAAAAGAGGAAAGCUUCUAGGGAAUUAAUAGUUUUAGUGAAUAAACUAAGCAGAACAGGAAGAGAAGAGUCCUUAGAUAACAAUCCCUCAGCUUCCACAAUUAGAUCUGUGAAUAUUAACGAGCAAAGACUGAACGAAUCUCAGAAUAAAAGGACGAGGGAAUCACCAAAGAUAACUAUAGGUACACCUUCAAGCAAAAGAGUUAGGAAUGAUGAUGUUGAAAGCAACGAAUACAACUCUGAUACAGACGGAAAGAGACAUUCAACAAAGAGAACUGUAGGUACACCUUCAAGCAAAAGAGUUAGGAAUGAUGAUGUUGAAAGCAACGAAUACAACUCUGAUACAGACGGAAAGAGACAUUCAACAAAGAGAACUGUAGGUACACCUUUAAGUAAAAGAGUUAGGAAUGAUGAUGUUGAAAGCAACGAAUACAACUCUGAUACAGACGGAAAGAGACAUUCAACAAAGAGAACUGUAGGUACACCUUUAAGUAAAAGAGUUAGGAAUGAUGAUGUUGAAAGCAACGAAUACAACUCUGAUAUAGACGGAAAGAGACAUUCAACAAAGAAAACUGUAGGUACACCUUUAAGUAAAAGAGUUAGGAAUGAUGAUGUUGAAAGCGACGAAUACAACUCUGAUACAGACGGAAAGAGACAUUCAACAAAGAGAACUGUAGGUACACCUUUAAGUAAAAGAGUUAGGAAUGAUGAUGUUGAAAGCGACGAAUACAACUCUGAUGUAGACGGUGUCAGAUGUACUAGUCCACUCCCAAUAAACAAAUCAAACCUAACCAUGGAAAGAGAUCGGGUUGGAAAUUGGGGAAAUGGAGAGCACCUCGUUCCUGGAGGAGUAUCCGGUCUGGAGAGGUUGACAACCCCCGCUUUAAAUAAGGGUCUGGCAUUCACCUUCGAAGAGAGACAACAGCUUGGAAUCCAUGGGUUGUUACCUCCCGUAGUAAAAUCACAGGAACAACAAAUCGAACAUUGUAAAAAAUGUUUGGACAGAUUAGACGAUAAUUUAAACAAAUAUAUGUACCUGAUAGGUCUUUUGGACCGCAAUGAAAAAUUAUUCUACAGUUUCGUCAGGAAAUACGUAACAGAUAUUAUGCCCUUAGUAUAUACACCAGUCGUAGGAUUAGCUUGUCAAAACUUUGGAUUGGUUUACAGAAGACCCCGGGGCAUGUACGUUACAAUAUACGACAAAGGAAACGUAUAUGAAAUUAUGAAAAAUUGGCCUGAAACAGAUGUCCGUGCAAUAGUAGUCACCGACGGUGAACGUAUCUUAGGUUUAGGAGACCAAGGAGCCUGUGGUAUGGGAAUCCCCGUCGGCAAACUGUCUUUAUACACAGCUUUGGCUGGAAUCAAGCCGCAUCAAUGCCUCCCAAUCACAAUAGACGUAGGAACCAACAACGAGACUCAUCUGAAAGAUCCUUUGUAUAUAGGUUUGAGACAAAAGAGAGUCACAGGACAAGAGUACGAUGAACUCCUCGAUGAAUUCAUGGAAGCCGUAGUACGCCGAUGGGGUCAGAACACUUUGAUCCAAUUCGAAGACUUUGGUAACUCAAACGCAUUCAGAUUGUUGGAGAAGUACAGAAAUGAAUAUUGUACUUUCAACGACGACAUUCAGGGUACCGCUAGUGUAGCCGUAGCUGGUCUAUUGGCUUCAUUGAGGAUCACAAAAACUAGACUUUCCGAUCAUGUGAUAGUAUUCCAAGGAGCAGGAGAAGCGAAUUUGGGUAUCGCUCAAUUGUGCACCAUGGCAAUGGUAAAGGAAGGUACUAGUGAGAGUGACGCCAGGAAGAAAAUAUGGAUGGUAGACUCAAAAGGUUUAAUAGUUAAGGACAGACCUGAAGGAGGAAUCAACCACCACAAGGAAAUGUACGCACACGCCCACCCACCCGUAAAAACACUGACUGAAGUUGUAAAGAGCAUCAAACCAUCAAUCUUGAUUGGAGCCGCAGCCAUAGGUGGCGCUUUCACCUCAGAAAUUUUGCGAGAAAUGGCCAAAAACAACAAGCGACCUGUGAUCUUCGCUCUGAGCAAUCCUACGCAUAAAGCAGAAUGUACAGCUGAAGAAUGUUACAGAGAAACAAAUGGUACUGCCAUCUUUGCCAGCGGCAGUCCAUUCGAUCCAGUAACUUUAAAUGGAAAGACGUUUUACCCAGGACAAGGUAACAACUCAUACAUAUUCCCCGGAGUAGGAUUGGCCACAGUUACUGCUGGUAUCCAAAAAAUCAGCGAAGAACACUUCUUGGUUGCAGCAGAGGCACUCGCCAAUUUGGUAACGGAAGACAACCUUGAAAAUGGAAGGAUAUACCCACCACUAGAGAGCAUCGUUGCCUGUUCACUAAGAAUCGCAACACGACUUCUAGAGUACGCUUACGAAGAAGGCAAUGCAACGGUACUUCCCGAACCAAAAGACAAAGAAGCUUUCAUCAAAGCUCAGAUGUACAAUACGGACUACCAACCUGCUUUACCUGCAGUUUAUGCAUUCCCAAAACUCUAAUAAAUUACUAAGUAAUAAAUAAAAUAAAUAAUUUAUGUUAUAUUGUUGUUAUAAUCCAUGUUUAAUGUAUAAGUAGAUAUUCCGGAAAUACAGUAUUUAGAUUUUCCAA